CUCGAACGCGUGGAGAAGAAGCACGCAUAGGUGUGGGGAUGACGAGUUUACCACUUGUACUUUUUGAUGUGUUGGUUGUUGGUUGGGCGGGGGCGUUGGGGGGCGGGGGGAGGCGUUACUCGUACCAGGGACAGCGGACUCGCAAGGCGAGUGCGGCCUCUGUCCCAUGGAUAUUCGGCGUAAUGCGAAGCGUGUUUUUGUUGUUCCACGCGCCGGCGGCGCAAUAACCCGCGUGGACGGACAAAGCCGUAAUUUUUCGGGGCGUUUGUGCCGAGAACGAAGAAAGGCGUGGUUUGGUGUGGAUUGAAGGUGGCGGUAUGGGGCAGCGCUCUGCGCUUUGGUUCGCGAGGAAGUUGCUUGAACGAGCUUGUGAGAACGUUUAUGUCAAGGAAUGCCCCACUCCGUCGAAUGCAGUACUGUAGUGUAUAUCGUUGGCACGACUGCAGCGUUCUCGGGUGUGCAAGAGCAGUACGUCGAUGUACGGUUCGGCGUAACAAACGUAGCGCACGAGCGCGCAGGAUGUCGGUGGUGCUCAUGCGCGAUUAUUCGUCUUUGACUUGUGUAUGGUUGCGAAGGGUUUCGAGAGCGUGACAUGAGUGACGCUGUCCGCCGAGCCGCCAGGCCUUCGGUUGCGAUCAUGGUGCCCUGUUUCUCUCUCUCUCGAUCAGCAAGCGAGUUGCGCACCUCUGCCGAGAGUUGAGGCAUGAGUCGUUGGUCAAAGUGUAGAUAGGUUGUUUCUUCUUUUGCUGGGUCAUUGUGACAAUUGCACCCGGUGUUGUAGCUGUGUCUACGGAGAUGCGCAUGGGCGAAGGAGCGCGGUAUGAUUACUGUUGGCACGCUUCGACCGGCAGCUCCCCUUUCACUCAGAGGCGCACAAGGUGCUUGCCUCGCUGGAUAUGGCAUGCCGGGCUAGGUGUCUCUUAACACUGGGUUGUUUUGCUUUCGACGGCGGGAUAUCUCGGUACACUUUCAAGCGGGGGAGAGUAUGUGAGCUCUGUGUAAGGUCACUGCGCGUGCCUGUCUGAUCCAUGUCAUGUGAUAUGCCGAUAGUUCCCUGGACUCCAAGUAGCGAACGGGUGUGUUUUGCCGACCUGUCUGUGGGACAAGCUGCAUGCGCCCCUCCAGAUAAAAAAAUGC